CCGCCGGUGCCGCCGCCGCCCGCCGCAGACUGGCUGAGCCCGGCUCGGCUCCGGAGCGGCUCGGCACGGCACGGCACGGCCCGGCCCGGCCCGCUCGGCCCCCGCCAUGUCGCAGGUGCUGCCCUACGGCGAGGACAAGGUGGGGCGCUACGGCGCCGAGCCCGAGGCGGGGGAGCUGCCCUUCAGCUGCCGCCUGCAGGACACCAACGCCUUCUUCGGGGGCAACCAGGGCAAGCGGCCCCCCAAGCUGGGACAGAUCGGCCGGGCCAAAAGAGGUGGGGGGGGGGGG